AUGGAAAUGGUUAACAGAAAUGAGACAUUUGUGACUGAGUUCAUAUUUUUGGGCCUCUCUAGUAAGCCCAGGGUCCAAAUUAUUCUCUUUUUGGUUUUCCUGACUUUUUAUUUGUUCUCAUUGUUUGGAAAUAUCAUCAUCAUAUCUGUCGUUGGAGUUGACUCUCGGCUUCAUACACCCAUGUACUUUUUCCUAAUCAAUUUGUCUAUUUUAGACAUUUCUUAUACCUCCACCAACAUUCCACAGAUGCUCAUGAACCUUCUGACCAGAAGGAAAACUAUCUCAUUUGGGGGAUGUGCAACCCAGAUGUAUUUUUCCCUGGCUUUUGGAAUGACAGAGUGCUUUCUGCUUGGAGUCAUGGCUUAUGACCGAUAUGUAGCUAUCUGUCAGCCUCUGCAUUACACAAUCAUCAUGAAUGUGAAGUUCUGCAUUCAGUUGGCUGCCUUUUGCUGGAGUAGCAGUUUAGUGAGCUCAAUGAUAAUAAACAUUUUCACUUUACGGUUAUCAUUCUGUGGUCCAAACAUCUUGAACCAUUACUUCUGUGAGGUACCAGCUGUCCUGACCUUGGUUUGCACUGACACUUCUCUUACUGAGAUGGUUGUCUUUAUUUUCAGCAUAAUCAUAGUCUUCCUCCCUUUCUUGCUGAUCAUUGUCUCCUAUGCCUACAUCUUCAGAGCUGUCCUUCAGAUUCAAACUGCCCAAGGAAGGACUAAAGCAUUCUCUACCUGUGCAUCCCACCUUACUGUAGUAGCCAUAUUUUAUGGGACAGCAAUUUUCACUUAUAUGCGACCAAGCAUAAAAUCUUCACAGGACAGGGACAAAGUGAUUGCAGUAUUUUAUACCAUUAUAAUGCCCAUGCUUAACCCUCUGAUAUAUAGUCUGAGAAACAAGGAUGUGCACGGUGGCCUGAGAAGAUCACUCGUGUUAUUAAGAAGUUCUGUGGUCAGCAAAGGAGUUCAUGUGAAUUUGUGGCCACAUGCCUCUGAAUAG